AUGGCCCGCGGCAAUGAAUCCGUCGUGACUGAGUUCAUUCUAUUGGGUCUGUCUAGCUCUGCGGACCUCCAGAUCUUCUACUUCUUGUUUUUCUCCGUAGUCUAUGCAGUCACUGUGCUGGGGAACCUCCUUAUCUUGCUUACCGUGGUGAUCGAACCUCGCCUUCACUCCCCCAUGUAUUUCCUGCUGGGCAACCUCUCCUUCAUCGAUAUGUCCCUGGCCUCCUUUGCCACCCCCAAAAUGAUCGCAGACUUUCUCAGCGAGCGUAAAGCCAUCUCCUUCGAAGGCUGCAUAACCCAGAUAUUCUUCUUACACCUGCUCGGAGGGGCGGAGAUUGUACUACUGAUUGCCAUGUCCUUCGACAGGUACGUGGCUAUAUGUAAGCCUCUGCGUUACCUAGCCAUCCUGAGUCCCAGAAUGUGCGUGGGGCUUGUGAUACUGUCCUGGGUUGUCGGCAUUUUUCAUGCUUUGAGUCAAUUGGCAUUUACUGUGAACCUGCCUUUCUGUGGCCCCAAUGAAGUAGACAGCUUCUUCUGUGACCUCCCUUUGGUGAUUAAACUCGCCUGCGUGGACACGUACAUUCUGGGAGUGUUCAUGAUCUCAACCAGUGGCAUGAUAGCCCUGAUCUGCUUCAUGCUCUUGGUCAUCUCCUACACGGUCAUCCUGGUCACCGUUAGGCAGCACUCUUCCGGCGGGACCUCCAAAGCCCUCUCCACCUGCAGUGCCCAUUUCACCGUGGUAACCCUUUUCUUUGGCCCGUGCAUUUUCAUCUACGUGUGGCCUUUUACAAACUUCCCAAUAGACAAGGUGCUCUCAGUGUUUUAUACCAUAUUCACUCCUCUCUUGAAUCCAGUGAUCUACACUCUGAGAAAUAGAGAUGUCAAAGAUUCCAUGAGGAAACUGAGCAGUCACGUGUGGAAGUUUAGGAAGACUGCUCACACUCCUUAA